GAUGUUGUGUUGUGGUUUUCUUCUUACUCGACAUUAUCGUCACUGGAUCUGAUGCUGGCAAACAUUUUGAAUAAGAAUUUGAAAUGAAAAUGAUAAGAAAUUUGGUGAUUUCCUUUCAAAACUGGCGUGUUCUUCAGAAUCCGUACUAGCCAAGGUUUUAAGAUUCGACGGAAAUUUUGUUUCACUAGAACAAUUUUCAAACUUACUAUAAUGGCUGCUGUAUGUGUUAUUCGAGAUAACGACUGGCUAAAAUUCUGACAUGAAAAGAAAACUUAGUUGUCUUGUUUCAACAGCUCUCUGUUUACUGGUUGGUGUGUUAUUUUAAAUGAGAACCGGCUAAACUUCGGACAUGAAAAGAAAACCUGGUUGCCUUGUUUCAAGCGUUCUACAUUUACUGACCGUUGUAUUAUUUCAAAUGAGAACUGGCUAAAAUUCGGACAUGAAAUGGAAACCUGGUUGCCUUGUUUCAGCCAUUCUGCAUUUACUGGCUGGUGUGGUUUUCGGGGUCAGUAUUGGUUUGGUCUUUCUUGCUAACGAGCCUCAAAGUCCAGCGUCCCUGGACGGUGAUACACAUCGACGUUUGGUCCAGAGUCUGUUUCGGCCUCAAAGCAAAGAUACAAAGGUCUUACAUCCAGGUGACGACAUCUUUGAUGGGACAACAAACACAACAGCUAACACGAAAAAAUCAGAUUCAAACUGGAGAAACGUGAGUAUCGUAUGCUGGCUUUUCAUCAAGCACGCGCAUGCGUUCUUAAAGACGUCCAGGCUCGUGAACAAUACUUGGGGGCGGAAGUGCAACAAGAUCGUCUUCUUUCUUGAACACUACAAUGCAAGCCUCCCAGCUGUCGGUCUGAAUAAAGAAUUAAUCGAUGGACGUCUCAACUAUAGCUCUUCUAUCAUAGUUUUAGGCUUCCGCUACAUUUUUCAAAAGUAUAUAAACGAUGCUGAUUGGUUUAUUGGAAUAAUCGGCAGCCAGUAUAUCAUUAUGGAAAAUUUACGUCACUUCCUGUCCAAACUGGACCCCAACCAUCCAGCUUACUAUGGCCACAAAUUAGGGUCAUCUGCUGGUGGAACAGUUUUUGCAAGUCCUCAGUCGGGAAUCGUAUUAUCAAAAGCAGGUUUGGGUCUUCUGGGAAACGAGGGACACAAAGGAUUACAGUGCAAUAAUUUCCCGUAUGGAGAGGGCGAGCAGUUUGCCAUGUGCAUGAAUUGGAUAGGUGUGUCGCUGAUGGACACUGUUGAUGAAUCGGGGAAGAGUCGCUUUCUUGUGGCGUCACUGUCCGAACAGUUCCAACCACAAUAUGAAGCGUUUAUUUGUCGCAGCCCUAUUUGGAAGGAUCUAGAACCGCAAAGCUGUAAACAGCCAGCACAGGCCGUCAGUCGUGAGCUGAUCUCAUUUUCAGAAUAUAUGCCGUGGUACUAUCCAGGAUACGAGUAUUUCAUCUACUCCCUCAAAUACGUUCAACCAUGACGGACAUUAAAUGUUCUUUUACCAAUAAAAUAUAUACAUUUGUGUAUACAUAUACACACUAUUGA